AUGAUGUUUCGGUUCCAGCGACCAGCUUCGCGAUUGUUUAGUUCUCAUGCAGGCUUGUUUGCCAAAUACAAGACGUUUGGAAGUAACUCCUACAGCAGGAACGGAGUGCAGUUUAAAUGGACUCCCCAGGUUCGCAGAAACGUAUAUAUUGGGUCUGCAGCGUUGAUAUUGUUCAUAGGGAUGAACCUGGAUGAAGCUCCGGUUUCUGGCCGACUAAGGGUGCUUUGGGUGCCCAAAUGGCUCGAGCGCAGGGUUGGAGAUUACGGAUAUAGAUCUGUGCUAUCUGAGUUCAGAGGGUCUAUUUUGCCGCCAUCAGACCCCAGAUCGGUCCAGGUGACAAGAGUAAUGUCGCGCAUUAUUGAGGCUGCUAAGAAAGAACAAAGUAAACACGAAGGACUCGGGUCCAAAGGCCAUUCUGUGCCUCUUCAUGAUGGGGCCACUGUGGGCCAUCACGAGGAUGACGGAGUGGAUUGGAAAAUACACGUGGUGAACGACCCUAGCCAGCCUCCGAACGCGUUUGUUUUGCCCAACGGGAAGGUUUUUGUCUUCAGCUCGAUUCUGCCGAUUUGCCAGAACGAAGAUGGACUGGCCACCGUUUUGUCGCAUGAGUUCUCUCACCAAUUGGCUCGCCACACCUCAGAAAACCUGUCCAAAUCGCCUCUUUAUACUGUCGCGGGUAUUUUGCUAUACUCGAUAACGCAAUCUGCUGCCUUGAACAACCUCAUGGUGAGCACCCUGCUGCAGAUGCCAGCCUCCAGGAAGAUGGAAACUGAGGCAGACUACAUCGGGCUGAUGCUCAUGUCCGAGGCGUGCUUCGAUCCAAACGAGGCUCCGAAAUUAUGGCAAAGGAUGACCAAGUGGGAGGAGUUGCAGAUUGCCAAAAGCGGUAGAGGAAGAGCCCCCGAGUUCAUGAAUACUCAUCCUGAUAGCAAGAGAAGAAUACAGAACAUGCUGCAAUGGCUUCCAGAGGCCGAAAGGAGGCGGGAGAAUGCCGGUUGCUCGGGUUUCUCACUUUUCAAGCCGUUUUAG